UCAUUUCCUUCCUUCUUCCAUUUAAAUUAAGCCAUUUUCAUCAUCAUAAAUCAUCAUCAUCAGGACGAUAAUGGCGAUUCAACCUUAACCUGCAACUCCUGCCUUCUCUAUCUGCAACAAAUUAGCAGAGGCAGAUAGACAAGAGAGCUGCGCUCAUCAAUUUAAUCUCAUAUACAUUAUAUAUGCGGGUGGAAGAAGGAAAAUGGCGGCGUGGUACUAUCAGAUUGCAUUGGGAGGAGCGCCGUCGAUAACAAUGGCGAAGUCCUCCAUCCUGAGAGCCGAGCAGCCUCUGGCCCCCGAUCUCCCCUUCGAUCCUACCCUCUCGAGGAGCAGCGGCGGCGCAGCUCGCUCCUCUCCUCGCCGCCGCGAUCUCGUCUUCAUCGUCAACCCACUGGGCGCUAAUGGUAGGACCGGGAAGGAGUGGAAGAAACUGCUGCCGUAUUUAAGGUCUCGCCUCGGGAGAGACUGUAACGUAUGCGAAUCUUUGACUUCUGGUCCGUCUCAUGCAAUUGACAUUACCAGGGAGGCAAUUCGGGAAGGUGCAGAUGCUGUGAUAGCAGUCGGAGGUGAUGGUACUCUUCAUGAGGUGGUAAACGGCUUCUUUUGGGCUGGAAAACCCGUCAGCAAUCAUGAUAAAGAAGCUCAUCAUUCCACUGCACUGGGUCUUAUCCCCCUGGGAACAGGCUCUGAUUUCGCCAGAACAUUUGGAUGGAAAAACGAUCCUCAGGAAGCCAUUGAGCGGAUUGCCAAGGGGGUAAGAUCACCAAUAGAUGUUGGUGUUAUUAGCAGCGAAAAUGAAGAAUCUCACUAUUUCAUAAAUGUGGCUGACAUUCAUCUGAGCGCAAAGGCUGGUUACUAUGCUUCUCGAUACAAGAGAUUUGGUAACUUGUGCUACGUCAUUGGAGCUUUGCAAGCCUUCAUUGGGCACUCUAAUCAGGAUAUUAGAAUCAAGGUCAAUGACGGUGAGUGGGAAACAUGUACCCAAGCGACAGCACUUUGUAUUGGAAAUGCAAAAUUCUUUGGUGGUGGUAUGAAAAUUACACCUAAUGCUGAUCCAAGGAGUGGAGAUUUUGAGGUUGUGAUUCUUCAGGAUUUCAAGUGGUAUGAUUUCAUUCUCAAGUUACACAAGCUCUACAACGGAACUCAUUUAUCAGUGAGGAACGUACAUACAAGAAGAGUGCAGUACAUCGAAGUGGAAGACCUGUCGGGCAGUGGCAGAAUUUUUGUUCAGUCAGAUGGAGAACAUCUCGGGUUCCUCCCUCGGAAGUUUUGCAUCCUGCCUUCUGCCAUCGAUAUGAUAUGCUGAGACGAAGCACCCAGUUAUAUCACCUUCUUUCACCAACACCACGUGUUCUGAAUACCUUAGUUCACGCACGGAGAGAAGCAGCAGAAGCGGGACUUGUACACAGAGGCAGACAAGGCGAAAUGCCGAGUUGUGAGGAUAAUGGGCCAUUGGUCGGCCCAUGGCCCUGCCCAAAUUCAUUUUGGGCUGGAUGAGCUGUUUCUAAAAGUAUAGCUAAUAUUCACGAUCUAUAUCGGAUCUGAAAUGAGACUCGUUCUUCGUCAUUGUCCUAAAAGGGUUUGCUUUUGUUUUAGGCAAUGUAAAUAUUCUUCUCGUUCUUGCCCUUCUCUUUUAUGUUUGUCACUAAAACAAGGGAUAUCCACCUUUCACUUUCCUUACGAACCUUUCCUAGAUAAAUUAGAGCUACCAAACCAUAUUGGGUUUAA